AUGCCACGAGUCUACGAUUUAUGCGCCCGUAUCCAAAACGGCUUCCGAUCACGUUUGCAGUCGAUUGCCAUUCCUGAGACGAAAAUGAACUUGGCGAUCGCCAACAUUUUGUAUCGUGAAGGUUUCUUGUCGUCGGUUGUGCGUGGCAAUCACCAGGGCCCUGAUGCCGAGUAUACCCCCACCACCAAUGAAAACGUGGCCACCCGUCGUCUUUGGUUGUCUCUCAAGUACAAGGAUAAUUCACCCACUCUCUCCCAGUUGUCUGUUGUCAGCAAGCCAUCCAAAAAGGUCACGUUUUCUGUCACUGAAAUGAAGCAAAUUGCUAGUGGUCGUCGUGCAAAGUUCAUCAAGCCUCUUCAACCAGGUGAGAUUGCUGUCAUGAACACGAACCGUGGUGUCCUCGAGAUUCAAGAGGCUAUCAAGAAGAACGUGGGUGGUGAGAUCCUUUGCCGUGCAUCUUAA